AUGAACUCUCUUCUGCGACUGCCCGCCCUCAAGCGAGGUGUCUUCACCAUGUCCAAGCGAGGUCUUGCCACCACGGUUUCCCCCAAGACUCGAACCUCCAACCUCAAGAACGGACUGACCAUUGCCUCCGAGUCCAACCCUCUGGUGCAGACCGCCACCGUGGGCGUGUGGAUCGACGCCGGCUCGCGAAACGAGAACGCCUACAACAACGGAACCGCCCAUUUCUUCGAGCAUCUGGCCUUCAAGGGCACCGACAAGCGAUCCCAGCACCAGCUCGAGCUCGACAUUGAGAACAUGGGCGGCCACCUCAACGCCUACACCUCGCGAGAGUCCACCGUCUACUACGCCAAGUCGUUCAAGGACGACGUGCCCAAGUCGGUGGAGAUCCUCGCCGACAUUCUGCAGCACUCCAAGCUGGCCGAGUCUGCCAUUGACCGAGAACGAGAGGUCAUCACCCGGGAGCUCGAGGAGGUCAACAAGCAGUACGAGGAGGUUGUCUUCGACCACCUGCACGCCACCGCCUUCAUGAACCAGCCCCUGGGCCGAACCAUCCUGGGCCCCCGAGAGAACAUCCAGACCAUCACCAACACCGAGCUGCGAAAGUUCAUCACCGAGAACUACACCGCCGACCGAAUGGUCCUGGUCGGAGCCGGAGCCGUCGACCACGACGCCCUCGUCGAGCUCGCCGAGAAGUACUUCUCCCACCUGCCCUCUUCCCAGUCUCCCGUUCCCCUCGGUACCCCCCGAUCUUCUGGUGAGGACGCCAACCAGAACCCCAUCCCCAACUUUGUGGGAUCCGAGGUCCGACUCCGAGACGACACCAUGCCCGUGGCCCACAUUGCCAUUGCCGUCGAGGGUGUCUCUUGGACCUCCGAGGACUACUACACUGCCCUGGUCGCCCAGGCCAUCAUCGGCAACUACGACCGAGCCGUCGGCACCUCCCGACACCAGGGCUCUCGUCUCUCCAACAUUGUGUCUGAGAACAACCUGGCCAACUCUUUCCAGUCCUUCUCCACUUCUUACUCCGACACCGGUCUGUGGGGUAUCUACCUGACCUCCGAGAACACCACUCAGAUUGACGAUCUCGUCCACUUUACUCUCAAGGAGUGGAACCGACUGUCCACCUCUGUGUCCAACCUGCAGGUUGAGCGAGCCAAGUCCCAGCUCAAGGCCGGUCUCCUUCUGUCUCUGGACGGCACCACCUACGUUGCCGAGGACAUUGGACGACAGCUCACCACCCUGGGCCGACGAGUCACCCCCGCUGAGGUCGAGGCCAAGCUCGAGGCCGUCACCGAGCACGACGUCCGAGCCUGGGCCCAGAAGACUCUCUACGACAAGGAUAUUGCUCUGGUCGGACUGGGUCCUAUCGAGGGUCUCUACGAUUACAACCGAAUCCGAAACGACAUGAGCAUGAUGAGAUGGUAA